CUCUGACUCAUUCCAGAAAGCAGCUCAGCCUCAGGUUCACCUGUCAAGUCUCUUCAGCUCUUUGGGAAGUUAAAGCAAACUGCUGCAGCUCCAGGUCUGUGAGCUGAUAUGAAGUGAGCAGCAUGGAUCAGUGUGAGGACAGAGAUGACAGAGUCCCUCCCUCUAAAACCACUCUGUGUGGAGAACAUGAGGACCAGAGCAAAGCUCAGAGGAAACAACCAGAACUUGGACCAGAACCCAGCUGUGUUUGCUUAAAGAACAUCAUGUCAAACACUGCCUUAAUUGAAUUAAAAUUUGACCAACCUUCAUCAGCAAACAGACUGAGUGAAGUCCAGAAGAUGGAAGAUUGGGAUCUAAAGGAGGACAGAGCAGAACCUGCAGGAUCCAGCUGUCCAUCAAUGAGGAGUGACCUGUCCAAAGAAAACCCUCCAGACUUCAGUGCAGAACCUGGACCCUCAGAUUCAGAACAGAGGAAGAGGAGUGAACCCCAGUGUGGAGAAAGAACCGGAGCAGGACCGCUGACAGCCAAUCAGAGCAGCUGUGCAGCAGCAGAUGUUGGUCUGCAGGAGGUUCUGGAGGAACAUAAGAUCAGUCUGAGGAGGAGAUGUCAAUGUGUGGCAGAAGGAAGUGAUGAAACAGGAAGUAGAACUCUCCUGAACAAGAUCUACAUUGAUCUCUACAUCACAGAGGGAAGGAAUGAAGAGGUUAACAACCAACAUGAGGUGAGGCAGCUGGAGGUAGCUUCCAAAAUCCAGAGCCUCCAUGGUUCUCCAAUCAGUUGCCAUGACAUCUUUAAAGCCUUACCUGACCAACAUGGAGCCAUCAGAGUGGUUCUGACCAACGGCAUUGCUGGUGUUGGAAAAACCUUCUCAGUGCAGAAGUUCACUUUGGACUGGGCAGAGGGCUUGGAGAACCAAGAUGUCAGUGUGGUGGUUCUGCUUUCCUUCAGGGAGCUUAACCUGAUCAGAGAUCAGCAGCACAGUCUUCUCACGCUGCUCCAUGUUUUCCAUCCGACCCUGCAGAAGGUCCCAGCAGAGAAGCUGGCAGUCUGGAGGCUUCUCUUCAUCUUUGAUGGCCUGGAUGAAAGCAGACUUUCUCUGGACUUUAACAAUUGUCAGCUUGUUUCUGAGAUCACACAGAAGUCAUCAGUCACCGUUUUGCUGAUGAACCUCAUCAAGGGGAACCUACUUCCCUCGGCUGUCGUCUGGAUAAGACCUGCGGCGGCCAAUCAGAUCCCUCCUUCCUGUGUUUCCAGGGUUACAGAAGUACGAGGCUUCACUGACGCCCAGAAGGAGGAGUACUUCAGGAGGAGGUUCAGCAAUGAAGAGGAGAAGGCCAGCAGGAUCAUCUCCCACAUCAAGACCUCCAGGAGCCUCUUCAUCAUGUGUGGGAUCCCAGUGUUCUGCUGGAUCACUGCUACGGUUCUGGAGAACCUGUUGACCACAGAGCAGAGAGGAGAGCUGCCCAAGACCAUGACUGACAUGUACUCACACUUCCUGCUGGUCCAGACCAGGAAGAAGAGGAACAAGUACCAUGAAGGACAUGAGACGAGUCCCCAGGAGCUGAUGGAGGCUGACAGGGAAGUUCUUCUGAGGCUGGGGAGGUUGGCCUUGGAACAUCUUGCGAAAGGAAACAUCAUGUUCUACCAAGAAGACCUGGAGCAGUGUAGUCUGGAUGUCAGAGAGGCCUCUGUGUUCUCAGGAGUUUGUACAGAGAUCUUCAAAAGAGAGAGCGUGAUCUUCCAGAAACCGAUCUACUGCUUUGUUCAUCUGAGCAUCCAGGAAUUUCUGGCUGCAGUCUACAUGCUCCACUGCUUCACCAACAGGAACACAGGAGUGGUGGAGAACUUCCUGGGAGGAGAACACAGAGAAACAUCUCUGGAGAACUUUAUGAAGAAAGUCAGGAGUCCAAAUGGUCAUCUGGACCUGUUUGCUCGCUUCCUUCAUGGCCUCUCCGUUGAGUCCAACCAGAGCCUAUUAGGAGGCCUGCUGGGUCACAUAGAGAACAUUCCAGGAACAAUCCAGAGAGCCAUCAACAAUCUGAAGGAGAUGAAAACUAAUAGCAUCUCUCCCGAUAGAAGCAUCAACAUCUUCCACUGUCUGAUAGAGAUGAAGGACCUCUCAGUUUAUCAGGAGAUCCAACAGUUCCUGAAAUCAGAGAACAGAUCAGAGAAGAAGCUCUCAGUGAUCCAGAGUUCAGCUCUGGCCUACAUGCUGGAGAUGUCGGAGGAGGUUCUGGAUGAGUUGGACCUGCAGAAGUACAAAACAUCAGGUGGUGGACGAUGUAGACUGGUUCCAGCUGUGAGGAACUGCAGAAAAGCUCGGUGA